UGCCGAUGCCUUCCAUGAAUCGAUAAUUCAUGGUAACAAACCGAGACAGUGUUUGUAACAGUUGCUAAGAGCAAUAAUAACGACAGUAGUGAUAAUAACGGACUCGGAGAGGGGAAAGAGGAAGAAUGAGUCUUCUCCACCACCUGUGGGACGACACCGUCGCCGGGCCGCCACCGGACACCGGCCUCGGCAAGCUCCGGAAGUCCUCCUCCUUCUCCCCUUCCUCACUCUCUGCUGCCGCCGCCGCAGCAGCAGCAGCUCCCGUCGCUCUUCAGGUCACUCGGAGCAUCACCAUCCUCCGGGGCAGCGCCUCCGCCGCACCGCCCUCACCGACGUCUUCUGCCGCCUCGUCGCCUCGGGGCCCGUGGAGCGCCCUUGAUUCCCCUCUUUCCCCUCCGACGCCGAGGGGAGACUGGAAGAGGCUCCGGAGGAAGCCGACGCCGGUGGCCGAGGGGGUGGAGACCGCCGAGCCGAGAAGCCCCACCGUCUAUGACUGGGUGGCCAUAAGUUCCCUGGAUAGAUGAGAGUGAGAUGUAGAGAAAACUCUUUUCUGUUCUUCUCCAUAUCAACUAAUUAAAAAUCAGAGAUGGCACAUGAUAUAUGUGUGUAAGCAGAUGAUGAUGUUCUUGCAUUAAUUUGUCUUAUUUGUUGUGUUAUAAACUGCAUGAAGGAUGAAAUGGAGGAAAGACCCCUCUUUUCUUUUCUUCUCAGUAUCAACUAAUUAACAACAAAUAAAUCCCUUUUUUCCUUCAAAGAUGGCACCUGUAAUAUGGGGGUGUGUGUGUGUGUGUGUGCGCAACCAAAAGGAUGAUCUUCUUGGAUUAAUUUGGUUUUAAUUGCUAAGUACUGCAUGUGGGGUGGUGACAAGUUCUUUGGACAGUUGAGAUGGAGGAAAAGAUCUUUUCUUUCUUUGCCUUAUCAAAUGGGUCUUAAUUGUUGUGUAAAACACUGCAUGUAGGAUGGUGAUAACCUGUCUGGAAUUUCUUUUUUAUUUUUUUUCUAUAUCAUGUAAUCAAGAAUAAAAACACCUUUCUUCGUUCUUCAUGAUGGCUAUGCAUAUUGUGUAUGCAUCCAAAUGAUAAUAUUCUUGCAUUAAUUUGGUUUUAAUUGUUCUAUUAAUUACUGCAUGUAGGGUGGUGAUAAGUUCUCUGGACAGUUGAAACUCAUAUAGAGAAAAAAAAAAAGAGGAAAAAUGUUGAGCUGAAACAGCAAAA